AGUGAGUGUGUGUGUAUAUGCGUGUAUGUAUGUGUGUGUAUGUGUGGACGCAUGGCACCGUGAGCACUUUGAGACCGAGUUGCCCCUCUUUCCCCCCCCAAAACCCCCCGAAAGAAGAGCAUUUUUGCGCAAAAAACAAAACAGAAAAACUGCACGCCCGGAGAUGUGGAUCCAGGUCCGGACCAUAGACGGGAAGGAGACCCGGACUGUGGAGGAUUUGUCCCGGCUGACCAAGAUCGAGUCCCUGCGCCUGAAGAUCCAGGACAUUUUCCACGUUAGUCCGGAGCAGCAGCGCUUGUUUUACAGGGGCAAGCAGAUGGAAGAUGGCCAGACGUUGUUUGAUUACAACGUUGGCCUCAACGACAUCAUCCAGCUUCUCAUUCGCUCUCAGGCCGACCCCCCGGACAGUCCCGUCACCAACAACUGUGAGGGAGUGGUCUGUAACACAGCCCCUCCCACCUCUGGCUUGGCUCCCAACUCCAGUACAGCAACGGCAGCCACGUCCUCCCCAGUGACGGUCACUAGUAACAAUGGAAACGGCUCCAAGUCAUGCAGUCCACCGUUGGAUAGUCAGCCGUCCACAUCGUCCCCGACGUCCCUCGUAAACCCUGGGAUCGGCGUGUACAAGAUCAACGAGCUGGUGGACUGCAGGGACGUCACCAUUGGUGCCUGGUUUGAGGGCACCAUCGAAAGGGUCACCCCGGCUACUAAAGGACACAACAGCAAGGCUGAAACGCCACCCACCACUGGAAGGGUGGGCAGACCUAGCAAACGGACUAAUGGCAAGCUAGAGUCAGAGCCCUGCCCGCCGGCCUCGGACAGUAACGGCACGGCCGGCAUGGGCUUGAACUCGGACAGUGAGGAACCAUCGACGUCUCAGAUGGAUUCCACAACACACAAUAAGGAGGACGUCACGUACCACAUCAAAUACGAAGAUUACCCGGAGAACGGGGUGGUGGAGAUGAACGCGGAGGAUGUGCGCCCACGGGCCCGGACGCUGCUGCGCUUCGAGCAGCUGGAAGUGGGCCAGGUGGUGAUGGUCAACUACAACCUGGAGCUGCCCGAGGAGAGGGGCUUCUGGUACGACGCUGAAAUCACAGCGCUCAACCACAUCUCCAGGACCAAGAAGGAGGUCCGCGCCAAAAUCGUACUUGGCGGUCCAGGCAAUGUGAUUGGUGACUGUAAGCUGCAGUUUCUGGACGAGAUCUACCGUAUAGAAAAACCUGGAGCUCCUCCACUGUCUCUCACUGACGGCCAGUUCAAACGUAAGAGUGGUCCGGAGUGUAAGCACUGUAAGGCGGAUCCGGAUGCGGAGUGCCGUUUCUGUUCAUGCUGUGUUUGUGGAGGGAAGCAGGACGCGCACAUGCAGCUGCUGUGUGAUGAGUGUAACAUGGCCUUCCACCUGUACUGCCUCAACCCCCCACUGUCCACCGUCCCCGACGACGAGGACUGGUACUGCCCCACCUGUAAGAAUGACACCAGUGAGGUGGUGAAGGCAGGUGAGAAGCUGAAGACCAGUAAGAAAAAGGCCAAGAUGCCUUCAGCCACCAACGGGAGUCAAAGGGAUUGGGGCAAGGGAAUGGCGUGUGUGGGUCGUACUAAAGAAUGCACCAUCGUUCCCUCUAAUCACUAUGGACCAGUUCCUGGCGUUCCUGUGGGAACCACCUGGAAGUUCCGCGUACAGGUGAGCGAAGCUGGUGUUCACCGGCCUCAUGUGGGCGGAAUCCACGGCCGCAGUAACGACGGCUCCUACUCGCUGGUGCUGGCCGGCGGCUUCGAGGACGAAGUGGACAGGGGAGAUGAGUUCACAUACACGGGCAGCGGAGGUCGCGACCUCUCGGGAAACAAACGGAUCGGAGAGCACUCGUUCGACCAGACGCUCACACACAUGAACAGGGCUCUGGCGCUGAACUGUGACGCCCCUCUGAAUGAUAAGGACGGGGCGGAGUCUCGGAAUUGGCGGGCGGGAAAACCAGUGAGAGUGAUCCGGAGCUCGAAGGGCCGGCGAAUCAGCAAGUACGCUCCGGAGGAGGGCAACCGCUACGACGGGAUUUAUAAGGUGGUGAAGUACUGGCCUGAGAUCGGUAAGUGUGGUUUCCUGGUGUGGCGUUACCUGCUGAGGCGUGAUGACGUGGAGCCAGCGCCGUGGACGCCUGAAGGAAUUGAGCGCAGCAAGAAACUCGGCCUGAAGGUGCAGUACCCUCCUGGCUAUCUGGAAGCCAUGGCGAAUAAGAGUAAGAAGGAGGCGAGUGUGAGGGGGACACGAGGUGGGCCGUCGCGGGGUAAGAGACACGGAGGCCGGGGGCGACCGAAAACUGGCCGGCCAGCAAAAAGAGUGAAGGAAGAGGAGGAGGAGGAGGAGGAGGAGGAGGAGCAAGAAGAGAAGGACGCAGUGAACAAGGACGAGGAGGUGCACAGUAAUGGCGACCAAGAAACGCCAAAAGACAAAGAGUGUGAUGAGCAGGAUGAGCCCAAAUCGAAGCGGCUGAAGGAGGUGGAGGCGUUCGUGUUGUCUGAGCAGCAGCGCUCCCUCAUACAGCAGGACCAAGCCAACAAGAAACUCUGGGACGAGGCUCUGGGCUUCCUCAUUGAGGGACCGAACUUCUUGCGUAAAGUGGAGCAGAUCUUCAUGUGUGUGUGCUGCCAGGAGCUCGCCUUCCAGCCCAUCACCACCGCCUGCCAGCACAACGUCUGCAAGACCUGUCUGCAGAGGUCGUUCCGAGCGGAGGUGUACACGUGCCCGGCCUGUCGCCACGAUCUGGGCAAAGACUAUGUCAUGACCCUCAACAAGAACCUCCAGCAGCUCCUGGAUCAGUUCUUUCCAGGCUACAGCAAGGGCCGAUGAGGCAGCGGAGCAGAUAACGGACAGAAAUCUCCAUCCAGCGCAGUUCAGUGGCACUUACGGUCAACAGGCAUUCUUACGCACACGCGCACACACCGCACACACAAUGCACUAACCCAAACACUCAACACAGAAACCACUGACACACACUCACACAAAGCACACACCCUCCAUCUAGACGGACCCCCACAUCAACACCAGCCUGACACUUGUAUCCCAGGACAAUGACAGUGACCCCAUGGAUAGUGGACGUCUGCUGGCUGUGUGUGUAUGUGUGUGUCCCCGCCCUCGCGUCAUCAGGAGAACCCCACACACUGUUCACAGGAGCUGGGAACGCCUCCAGCCCUUUUAAAGCAAUGGAUCUGGAAAGGAUGGACCUGAUGCUAAUGCUAAUGCUAAUGAUAUGCUAACAGUUGCUAACCCUGGUGAGAAUACCCAAAGUCGAAUAUGGAAGUCUGCCAUACCGCCAGGUGCUGAAGCUACAUUAAAGAGCCUCGGAUAACCAAACUCGGCUGAGCUAACAGCAAGGAAUGAGCACCAGUGUUAGCAUUUAGCAUGCUAAUCACUGACAGUGUUAGCUUGCGGACGUUGUUGCUUGGUUAGUAGGGUUUGGAUAAGUUGUCCCUUUAAAGGCCAAGACCUGGCUUUACUGACCAAUACCACCAAAACCGUGGUGAAAGGUCUUUUUGCUACACUUAUGUGGCAUGCUAAUUUUAUGAAACCCAUUCCCUCCAGGUAGAGGAAGAAAUCUGCCUCGUUUGUGGCAGCAGUGUGUCAAAAAAUGACAAAAUAUUGUAAAAUACAAUACAACAAUAAAAUAUAGACUUAUAAUCCUAAAAUGAUUAGUUAUUUUCUCAAAAUAUUGACUCAGUAUCUGAAAAUAAUGACAUUUUCCACAUAUUUUUCAAAACUGCAUAAUUCACUGUUUGAGAUCAUUCAGAGAGGUUUGGUGUGAAAUGGUUCAGGUGUCUUUACAGUGGUGGUGAUAGGAACCAGGGGUCGCCAUGACUACAACACAAAUAUAGACAUUUUAUUUACUAUCCAGAACCACCAGU